AUGUACGUAUUCUCAUCCGCCCAAGCUCUCCCUCGCCUAAUACAAUGCUCAAGGCAAGCCAGGGACAAAGGAGACACCCAAGAGAAAAGCGGACCGACUGGUCGACUGACCGGACAAGGUUCUCAUUUUCCCAAGAGAGAGGACCAGCCUGCGGGUGAUGCAACCGCUUCUCAGGAAAAUACAGCCGCGGGAUACGUGCUGGGCACCGGUGCAAAGCAGGCCAAUGAAGCAGAUCCGGCAAGUGGCUUGUCAGGUCCUGGUUCUGGUACUGCUGCCAUUGGCGAGACCUCAACCUACAGCUCCCACACACUGACCAAAGGCGAUACCGUUGGAAAUGUGGUUGACUCGAGAUCCGAGGACCCCACCACUUAUCGAGUCCCAGAACACGCAUACUUGUCAAGCAAAGGUGUACCGGAGGGUGGCCCCUUAGCUGCCGCAGCGCACGCAUUUCACAAGGACAAAGACUAUAGCACUUCUCAUAUCCCAGGAGCAUUUCCCAAAGACGUGACAGCGCAUGAUGCCACCACAAUUGCUCCUUCGACUUUGACCACGACGACAUCACCAGCUGAACGAUCAGCGGUAUACGGUCAAGUUGAGAAGACAAAGGUGCCUGAUGCGGCCACCGCAGCUCAGUUUGCCGCAAGAGGUGCUCCGGGAAGUCAGGAGCAGCCAAGCUCGGAAGAGCCCAAGAGAUCUGGGACAAUUGGAAAGAUCCUAGGUGCCGUGGGCCUAGGAACUGCUGCUAGUGGUGCCGCAGCCGCUCCUUCCAGAGCAGAGGGCGAUCAACCGCAUGCCGUCGUAGACACUCCUGAUCAGCCUACCACUACUACAGGUCUGGAGUCCUACACUGCCCCAAGGCGCUCAGGGCCUCCUCCAUCGCAUCACAGGAAGGAGAGUAUUCCAACUACAGCCUACCCAGCAGGCGUAGAUUCUCCUGCACCGAUCAAUCCGCCAGUCGGUGGUACCUCAGUCGGCGCAGAGCCGGGCCAAAAAGAUCAUGUCGGUCGGAAUGCAGCAGUGGCGGCUGCAGGUGUUGGAGCUGGCGCAGCCGCAGCUGGCGUUUAUGCCAUGCACGGUAGCGAAAGGGAGACAGCAAGGCCUGACUGGCCUCUGCGCGAUGACCUCCCUACUAGGACACCAGGUGCUGCGACUGUUCCUACUUCAGAGGGCGCUACCAAGCCCACGCCUGCAAGUCGACCAGUUCAUCAAGACCCCGCCGCUCACAAUGCUGCACUUGCUGGUGGCGAAGCGUCCGUCGUGCCUGAAUACAGCCAACGCCAAGACAGAUUGGAAGCUCAAGCCCAGAAAGACAAAGCGAAACAGGAGGCAGCCCGUGCGGGAGCCGCAAGUGUUGAAGGCGGAGCAUCUAUCGCACCUGAAUACACUGUGCGUCAAGACAAAGCCUCAGAAGAAACAGAACGGCAGAGACAUAAAAAGGAGGAGGAAGCUGCGCUCGCUGGAGUUGCAGCAGCUGGAGCUGGAGCGGCUGGGUUGUAUGAGUAUAACCAACGUCAAGACAGGCUUGAGGAGGACGCUCAGAGACAGAAGGAUUUGGCGGAACAAGAGGCUGCCCGACAGAAGCAGUUCGAAAAGGACCAGAAGGCUGCUGAAAAACACGCCAAGAAGGAAGAGAAGCAUCAUCAGAAGGAGCUCAAAAAGGAAGAGAAACAUCACCAGAAAGAGCUCGAGAAGGAAGAAAAAGCCCGAGAAAAAGCUGCAGAGAAGGAAGAACAACACCAUCGCAAGGAACUCGAGCGUGAGCAAAAGGAACGUGAGAAAGCUGCCGCCGCGGCGGCUUUUGGUGCCGGCGCAGCUGGCGCUGGUGCAUAUGAGGUCUACGACAGGGACAAACACCCGCCUCCCGCAACGGCAACUGAUGAAUCAGGUCACACAAAGCUUCACAAGGAGCCGGAGGAGAAGAGGCCGGGUCUUUUGAAACGAAUCUUCAGGCGCCGCAAGAACAAAGAUACAGGUGAAGAAGAGGAAUACGAAGACCACGAGCAUCAUGAGGCUGAGGCUGAGCAUGGCGACCACCAUGUUGCCGAAGCUGGAGUCACUGGAGGCACGGGUGUCGCCGUAGCCGGGACUGCUGCUGCAUCCCACGAGCCGGCUAGAACUUCGUACGAGGCACAAAGCGGCGGCCUUCAGAAGCCAUCAUACAAUCCCUUCUCCAAGGACGAUCCAGCACGCGGACCUGCAACCACAACCAGCAGCAGCACGCCUGCAGCCACCAACUUGGCACCAGAACCCCCUCGCUCAAGGAGAAGUAGCGUUGGGCCGGAUGCAAUUGACCCUACCACAACCCAUCUACCCUAUGACCCUACCCACCACCCUGAGAGCCGGAAAUCCAUCUCGGAACAAGGUGAACAUCUCGACCACAUCGGCGGACUGACGGCGCAUCAUCCAUACGCCGAGGGCGAACAAAAGCCCGGGCUGGCACAUAGGAUCAUCGAUGCGUUGAAGCCGUUGCCUGAUAAAGAGGAGUUACAACAGCACGCGGAAGAGUAUCAUCAUCACGGACAGCCGUCUCAGAUGGGGCGGUAG